GUAAGCUUUCUGCAGGGGCAGAACAUGAUGACGGAGUCUGUGUGGACGAAGUGGUUCGUGGAUUAGGAAGAGGGGUAACGGAUGGAGACAAAACCAGGGGAGGUAGGAGUAGUGAAGACAAGGGUGGUAGAGUAGUCGGAAGGUGGGUAACAAACGACGAUAAAACCAUGGGAAAUAAAGGCGGUGAAGACGGGGGGGUCGAAGUCAACGGUGGUGAAGUGGCUGAAGCAAAGACAAGGGGGGCAAUCGUAGGUGAGACCCUAAGAGGGGACUCUGCAGGUGGUAAUGCAGGCAUGGUCACGGAUGCCAUGGAGGAACGCAUCGAGACCAAAGGCGACACAACAGCUGCGAUGGUCACAGAUGCCAUGGAGGAACACACCGAGACCAAGGGUGACACAACAGCUGUGGUGGCCACGGAUGCCAUGGAGGAACACACCGGGACCAGGGGCGACACAACAGUUGCAGGUCAAGUUGCUCCCGUGGAAUCAAUCGUAGAAGCAACCAAGGCCAAUAAGGAAGAGGCUGCGAACCGAAAAGGGCCAGCAAGGGUCACAAACGACAUGGAAGGGGUUACUAAGAUUGAUGAGGACGCAGGCGCGGCAGAUGCAGGUAAUGAAAAAGAGGCCGUGAUAGGUGUGACAAACGCCGAUGAUGAAGAAGGGGCUGCGACAGGCGUAGUCUGAGGACAGUGUGUGGAUCCCGAGAAAGCGCGUGAUGAAUAGACCAUCG